AUGGACAAAAAUACUUCUGCUUUAACUAGUAACUGUAGCAAGUCCUCAAAAAUUUCUUACAUUAACUGCACUCAGGGACAGCUAGUCGAAGAAAUGGUUCCGCCUCAAAAUGAUAGCCAAAGAGUCUGUGAGAAGAAACAAAACAAUUCCUCUGAUUGCAAAGGAAACUCCAACAUUAUGUCGUCUGAUUCAAUCACGUGUUCAAGUUGUGUGGAAAUUGGUUUAUCCAACAGCUGCAAACCCAACAGUCAGAGUUCUGUCACGUGUCAUCCUUUCUGCCCAGAAGCUUGUAACUGUUCUGGGAAAAGCUACAUUUGUGUGAGAGACCAUUGCCCAGCGUAUACAGAAAAACUCGUAUUACAAAACGUUCGUUGUGGGACUCUGGAAUUGGAUGAUUACCACGGAGAAAGAUACUUCUUACAAAGCAGGCACAUAUUCAAGCUUGAAAUAUGUAAUUCUUUUAUAACAGAGCUGAAAGUUUAUCAAUACGACCGUUUAUCUCUACACAAAAUCAUUAUUAUGCAUAGCACCGUUGACAAAAUAUAUGUAGAUUCUUUGGGUAAUCGAAUUGUUUAUGAAGCAUUACAUUCUCUGCACGUAUUUAACUCAUCGGUAUCAGACCUUGAAUUCGAGGACUCUAGAAUGGUAACAUCAAUGAAUGCUACAUAUUAUAUUCGAAAUGUUAAAUUUAAUUAUAAACCAGAAAUCUAUGAUAUUUCUGGUAACUCAUUUGAAGACUUUGAACGCUCUUAUUUUAACGUGCGAGAUAUGUUGAAUGCAAGCUACAACGCGUUCACAAAAAUGCCUAAGAUUUCUGGUUGUAGAAUUGUAGACGUCAGCUUUAACAGGCUCACAAGCUACGAACAUUCUGCGGCUGGUACACAUGUUUUAUUCCUGAACAACAACAAUCUCAAGUCUGUCAGAAGAGCAAAUUACGACCCAAAAGUCGGAACCAGCUUGAGAAUUCUUGAUAUCUCGUACAAUGACGUUACGGUUGUCAAUGCUGGAGAGCUUCUCGCCGCUAAUUUGAUAUUUCUGAAUUUGUCAAACAACAUUAUUCACUCAAUACACUUUGAAGCAUUUGUUGGUACACCUCAGCUCACCUCUCUUGAUUUGUCACAUAACAACAUCUCAGCAAUCACUGCUGGAACCUUCCUUCCACUAAAGAAUUUGGAAGAGCUAUAUUUGCAAGAAAACUCCUUUCAGGUCACUCUUGGCAUGUUUAUAGGUCUUUCUAGUCUACGAUGGAUGGAGGUUAGUCAUUUUACGAUAUGCUGCGCUAAACCCAACAGCAGAUAUGAUGUUCAAUGUAUAGCUCCGGUGAAUGCGAUUUCCUCUUGUAAGAACCUGAUAGCAGUACUUGUCCUCAAUGUUUCAAUAUGGUACAUUGCUUUAAUAGCGGCUUUUGGAAACAUCGCUGUUCUAAUAUUUAACGUUGAAAAAUCUAAAGGCAAAAAAGAGGAAGCGUAUUACAUCCUGGCAUUUAAUUCAGCCUGUGCUGACUUUUUGAUGGGUGUGUAUCUCUUUAUCAUCGCUUUUAUAAAUCUGCAUUAUACUGGACAGUAUGGGAUGAACGACUACGUUUGGAGAAAUAGCUAUAUGUGUACCCUAGCAGGAAUAAUGGCCACUUUGUCAAGCGAGGUAUCUGCUUUCAUUCUUUUGUUCUUCACCCUCGAUAGACUUAUUAUUGUCAAGUAUCCAUUUUCAGAUGCUAGACUUACAAAGAGGAAAGCGUAUUUGCUUAUGCCUACUGUAUGGAUGUUGUCUUCCUUCUUAUCUUUAUUCCCUUUAAUUCCGAACACCGGUCUUGAGAACUUCUACGCACAGUCUGGAAUAUGUGUUUCACUACCUUUGUCUGUUGAUAGAAGGCCUGGAUGGGAAUACUCAAUGAUUGAGUUCGUGGGUAUCAAUUUUCUUCUUUUCCUUGGCAUUCUUGUUGGACAGAUAUUCGUAGAAGUUAUCUGUGUUGGGCGGAACGUGAGAUCGACCAAGACAAGGCAGAGGGAAGCUUCGCUGGCUAUGACGCUGUUUGUCAUCGUUAUUACCGACGUCUUCUGUUGGAUACCUAUAGGGAUAUUAAGAAUGCUGACCUUUUGGGAAAUUGAGGUUUCGCCUGAAGUGUAUGGCUGGAUGGUUGUAGUAGUUAUGCCUAUCAAUUCUGCCAUUAAUCCAAUUCUCUACACCCUGUCUUCUGUCAUCAGGAAAAAGAGAAUGGAAAAUUGGGAAAAUAGUUCCGAGCUGAAAAAACAACUUUGUACGCUUAAGCUCAGGCUGGAAAACACCAGAGACAGAACCAUCAGCACCGUGUCUGACAAACUGUCUGAUAACCCAGACCUUCAUGACUGUCCUACAUUAAGAAUCAGGGAUGUAAAAGAACAGAUGGGGACCGAGGACAGCAAGGAGGCUCAGAAUGAAGACAGUUCUAUGUAG